AUGGCUUUACAACGUGUUAAUCGCGGAAGACCAAGUGGUUCAACAAAUAUUGUUCCAGAAGUAGAAAUACUAAAUGAGGCAGCAAUAUUAACGGAAAAUUGGUGUUUGUUUGAACUUGGGUCUUGUUUAGAUCAACCCAUAUCUACACUACGAUGGUUAGCUCAGAGGAAGCUUAUUAAAAACAAUUUUUUUUGUAAUCCCUGUAAUCGACAUUUUACAUUAAACGCUUACAAAAGAACAGUGGAUGGGUACUGCUGGUACUGUAAAGAAUGCAAGCGGCGUCGAAGUGUUCGCGAUGGAUCAUUCUUUACCAGAAGUAAAUUGUCAUUUAAACAAAUUAUACUCUUUAUUUAUUGUUGGAGCAGGGAUAUGCAACUAAAAGACAUACAGCAUGAAGCCCGCUUGAGUAGUGUCAACCAUACGCUUGUAGAUUGGGGUAACUUCUGUCGAGAUGUAUGCGAAGUAGAGAUUGAAACUAAUCCUAAUGUUGUUGGUGGCAUAAAUAACGAUGGUACUGCAAUUGUUGUGAAAAUAGAUGAAUCUAAGUUUUUUCAUCGCAAGUAUCAUCGCGGACAAUGGCGCCCUGGUCAUUGGGUAUUCGGUGGAAUAGAAAGGGGUUCAGGUAAAUGUUUUUUAGUAGAAGUCGAUCGCCCUGCAGAAACACUUCAGGAUAUGAUUUUACGUUAUAUUUUACCUGGAACUCAUAUCGUUUCCGAUGGUUGGGCUUCAUAUGGGGGAAUUGAAAACAUCCAAAACGGUAUUUAUUCACAUGCUGUUGUUGUUCAUGAACGCAAUUUCGUUGAUCCCCUAGAUGAUGAAGUUCAUACCCAAAAUGUAGAAAAUCUAUGGAUGCGGGUAAAACGCAAAUUGCGACGACAGUUUGGGACAUCAGAAGAUCUAUUUACAUCUUAUCUUCAUGAGUUUAUUUAG